ACUGACGUUCCGUGCUGUGAACGAUCGCCCGUUGAUCGCCGCCGUCGCCGUCGCCGUCGCCGUCGCCGUCGUCGUCAUCGGCUUUAAACGUCGGCGUCGAGUGCAAUCGAGAUUUUACUAUGCGCCGCUCUUGAUACACAUAUAUGCGGUCUGUGACGCCUAUCGAGUGAGCCACGGUGGACUUGGUAUGCACGUAUGGAUGAGAUCAUCACGAUGACCGUACCGCCGCCACUAUCUGCGAAGACACAGGCCCGGGAUGCGGCGAGCCAGGCCGCCGCUCGGCAGACUGUGUCAAUCCGGACCGUAUCCCCUUCCGUCUCGCCGCCGCUCGCCGCCGGACCCGGAGCAACGGUAUUUGUCGGAGUAAGCGCUCCUACCGCCGAUUCCGUGACAACCUGCAGGAGAAGAAUCCCGGAAGUGCAAUCGGCGAACGGCGGCUGCGAGGAGCGGAGCAACAACGUCGUCGAGUCGUCGCAGCAGCAGCAGCAGCAGCAGCAGCAGCGGUGGCAGCAGUCGCAGCAUCUUCAUCAUCAGCAGGCCGCGCAUAUAGUGAAGAUCAAGAUCAAUCCGGAUGGCGAUAAGAACAGUAGGGUGAUAUCGACGGUACGGUUGACCUUGGACGAGAACGAGCGGAAUCACGAGGUCGAGAACGGUGCCGCGCGCGAACGUUCCUCGGGCAAACAACGCGGAGACAACGGUGCGGUGGUGGUGAGUGCGACAAACUUGGUGAACGAGCGACACUGCGCGAGUGCCGGUAUCGGUGACGGCUGUGUGAGGAUCAGUGUCUUCAGCGGCGACCCGCCGACCGGGUCCGACAAUCGGGAGCGCAACAACAAUCAUAACAACAACAGCAACAGCAGCGGCAGCGACGACAGCGAUAAGCGUAGCCAGGACAACGACAGAAGCGACAACAGAGACAUGGUGCACCGCGGUACCACGGAGACCCUGAACUCGUCCACCCUCGGCGGCCGUACGAGCGCCUGUUUCUACUACAACUCCUACCAGAGCCCGUUGAGCGGCAUGGUGAUGACGAGCGGGCAGUGCUCGCCCAGCGACACCCUGGACAGCGGCACUUGCAGCGACCUUGACGGAACGCCGCCGCCGUUGCCGAAGAAGAAGAACGCCAGCAGCACGGUGAUACUGUCCAACAGCACGCACAACCGGACCGGCAGCCUGACCAGCAGCGGCGCCGAGGUCGACAGCGACGACAACGAGAGCAACAUCAGCUGCGACUCGUUGAACGGCGCCGAGGUGAACGGCGAGUAUCGAGUGCACGAACCGCCGAAGGACGUUGAGGAGACGGUGGGCGUUGUUGAGAAAUUGGCCAGCCGAAUCGCGCCGGCGAGCGAUCGCGUUGACGGCACGAUCGAGGAGUCGAGCGGUGUCCAUCAGCGUCAGGUCUCGAUAACGGAACUCGGUUGCGCCGCGCGCUCGCCGGUGUCGUCGGCCAGCGUCUCGCCGUCGCCGUCCGGAACGUCGUCCCUGUCGAAGGCCUCCUCGACGCCGCGGGUGAGGAGCCCCGAUCCCGCGAUCGAGCAGAACGGCCAGUCGCCGGUGAUUAAAGAGUGCACGUACGAGGAGAGGAAGCGGCGGGAGCAGGAGAGGAUAGAGCAGGAGUGCGUAAAUGCCACGCAGAAUCGGUCGACUGGUCACAAGUACCUGUACGAGGACGACAGGUACUACAAUUUCCACGUGAACGAGUUGCGCGGUAAUAAUAAGAACUCGAACGGCGAGCACAAGGGGACGGCCGAGAACGAAGAGUGUUUCGCCGGUUACAAAAUCCACGACAAGGAAGCCAUACGAAGUGCCAAAGGGACCGUGCGCGGUGUGAAGAACAGAGUACGAGCGGGCAUCGCGACGUUUCUGCAGUCGCCUACCUCCAAGGCUUACGUGGAAAGAGAGAAGGGCAGAGUAGUGCUUUACACGACAUCAUUGGGCAUCGUUAGAGAGACCUUCACCAAUUGUAUGAAGAUGAAGCAGAUGCUGUGGACGAACAUGGUCAAGUACGACGAAGCAGAUUUAUUCCGCGAUACAGAACUACAGACCGAACUGAAGGAUCGGACCGAUUCGGAAAUCGUAACGUUGCCGCAGCUCUUUGUCGAUGGUCAAUACAUUGGGGGUGUCGACACCGUCGAACGGCUUAACGAGUCGGGGGAACUGCGCCGCAUACUGGAGCCUUACCAGUGCAAGGAUGCAUGCGCCGUUUGUCCCUUCUGCGGCGGAUUCCAGCGGCUGCUCUGCCCCAUCUGUCACGGCAGCAAGAGAUCCGUGCACCGUAACGAGUUCACCGUGGAAUUCGUCGCCCUAAAGUGCGCCAAGUGCGACGUUUUCGGUAUGAUACGUUGCCCGCACUGCUGAAAGGAAUCUCUCGACGGGGGAGAAUCCCACACGUACACAUCUGCUCAAAUCAUUUCUCUUAAUCUUAACGACCAUCUUACUAACUUAUAUCUCUAUUUAAGGUGCUACGAGAAGUAUAUUUUAUGCUAUGCUUUAAGCAAAGGAUAUACACGAAAACGCAUACAGACACUAACUAAUCGCGUAGCCGCGCUGUCGCGUAGUCGCGUGUUGUAAGAUAUCGGUUAAUAAAACUUUGUGUAAAGUUUUGUAAUUUUGUGUCACUCAUUGGAGACCCCCUUAAACUCCGAAAGAGUCCGAAUUGUCCUAAAAAUUCCUCCGUAUAUGUUGCCAUUCUCCUGGAAAUAAAAUUGCGCCUACAA